ACUUUAUAAGACUCACUUCGUCUACUUGGCGGCUUGGCCUCCGCGCGCCUCCAGCAUCAACCUUCUUCUCCGACAAACCAUCCUCUGGAGAUCUCUUUACAGAGAUGGGUGAAGAAGUUAAGGCCAUAGUUCCUGAGUCGGUGUUGAAGAAGAGAAAGAGAAGUGAGGAAUGGGAGCUGGCAAAGAAACAGGAGCUUGAAACUUUGAAGAAGAGGAAUGCUGAGAAGAGGAAGCUGAUUUUCAAUAGAGCCAAGCAAUAUGCCAAGGAGUAUCAGGAGCAGGAAAGGGAGCUUAUUCAAUUGAAGAGGGAGGCAAAGUUGAAAGGAGGCUUCUAUGUUGACCCAGAAGCUAAGCUUCUAUUCAUCGUUCGUAUUCGAGGUAUCAAUGCUAUGCACCCCAAGACCAGGAAGAUUUUGCAGCUCCUGCGUCUGCGGCAGAUCUUCAAUGGUGUCUUUCUUAAAGUGAACAAGGCAACAAUGAACAUGCUUCACAGGGUUGAGCCUUAUGUGACUUACGGCUAUCCUAAUCUGAAGAGUGUGAGGGAACUGAUUUACAAAAGGGGUUAUGGGAAGUUGAACAAGCAGAGAGUUGCUUUGACUGACAACUCAAUCAUUGAACAGGCUCUUGGCAAGUACGGCAUUGUCUGCAUGGAAGAUCUCAUUCAUGAGAUUAUGACUGUGGGUCCCCAUUUCAAGGAAGCAAACAACUUUCUAUGGCCAUUUAAGCUGAAGGCACCACUUGGUGGUCUUAAGAAGAAGAGGAACCAUUAUGUUGAAGGAGGUGAUGCUGGAAACCGUGAGAAUUACAUCAAUGAGCUCAUUAGGAGAAUGAACUAGGCUCAGCGGUUUUGUCAAAAUAGUGAUUUUGAAAUUUUUAGUAAGGAUUCUGAUCUUAUUUGCUUUGAAUUUUUCCUAUGGAACUUCAUCAGUCUUUCUACAAAGAGCAUUGAUACUGUCAUGGUUUUGCGAAUUUUGUUUUAAUCCAUAAAAUCCUCUUGUCUUA